AUGGCCCGUACUCAGACGUGCACACCGUCUGCUCGGAAGCGGCCGGCUGCUAAAGAGGUUGCCAAGCCACACAGGGUGCGUGGCACUCCCACCAGGGCCUCACCGUCGGGCCCAGCAUCUAAGAGGCUCAGAGCCGACGAAGCUGGUCAAGGCCGAGCUUCCAAACGAUCGUACCGCGAGGCAAUGUCUCGUGGUCCCCACGAUUCAGCGUCAAAUUCUCCCAGCGAGGAUGCGGAGACGCCUUCGGGUGUCCCGAGAAGAACCUUGUCGAGGCAACGUCCCGGAGGCUCUGAGCUGGGUGGAACUUUCAGCUUCUUCAUGAAGCGGGCACAGCAGAUGGAAGGUUCAGAAGCAUCGGAAGGCUUUCAUGCCCCCUUUGGUCUCGGUUCCUCCUCGUCCUCGCAGUUCUCGCCCUUGCUGCGGGAUUUGAAGAGUGAGGACGGGCAGAAGCAGCUCCUGGCCCUCACCGAGCUGGCGGAGCAACUGAGCUUCAGUUCCGAGGAGGCCUUGAUCUCCUUUCCGAUGGAGACCUUCAUUCCCCUGCUGAUCAAUCUGCUUGGAAACCCUGGCAAUGGCGACGAGACAACGGCACAGGUGAUGUUGCUGGCCUGCCGCUGCCUCUUCAACGUGGUCGACAUCCUGCCUCCAACAGCAAGGAUCAUUGUUGGCCAUGGGGGUCUCUCCGUGCUCUGUGCAAAUCUGCUGAAUAUUGAGUACAUUGACGUCGCGGAGCUCACUGUUUCCAUCAUUGAGCUCAUCUCUGAGGAUCAGCCGCUGCAAGUGCUGAAAGCCGGCGGCCUGGAAGCCAUCCUCUCCUUUCUGGACUUCUUCCAGAUCUCCGUGCAGCGGCAGGCGGCGAAUGCUGCCGCUGCAAUGUUGCGUGCUGUGCCACCGCCGGAAGUGUUCAACCAGCAAGUGAAGCCUGCGCUGCCGACUCUCGCACAAUUGCUGCAACAUUCAGAUCCACAGGUUCUUUACUCCAUUUGCGAGGGGUGGCGCCGAGUCAUUGACGGCUGCAUAGCCGCGCACGAGCAACCCAAGCAGCAGGAUGCCUCAUCAGUGUCAGGUGCCAGCGCAUCCCUCGUCUCGCGCUUCGCGGCCCAAGCGCGGCUGCGCUUCGGCUCCGAGGGCACCAAGAGGGAUGCUGCCGAGGAAGAUGAGGAAGACGAGGACGACGAAGAUGAGGAGGACGUCCUGCCUCCCCCGUCGCCUGUUGUGCAACCAAUUUCGACCGAAUCCCUUGCCGCGAGUUUGCAGGAUAUGAUUCCCAGCAGUGUGCUGAGCAACUUGCUGCUGCUCCUGGGGAACGGCAUCUCUUCCACGCCGCAGACAUCUGUAGUCGUGGCUGAGGUGCUCUACAUCCUCUCAGUCCUGACAAAUUAUUCGCACAACUUCACAGAGGAGGUCUUGAAACAGGAUAUCUGUGGCCUACUGGGAAUGAUGGUGCUAGGCAUGGACUUGGCCGGAACGCGUGUGGGCUCUGCUCAGGGCAGCUCCCUGCUGAUUCGGGUGCUGGCGCUGGUGGCCUCAGUCAUGCCAUCCAUCCUUCUGACGGAGUCUGGCUGUGUGUGCGAGGAGCGCCGACUUACGGUCUUUCGGCAACAUCCCGAAUUUCUGGACACCUUGAGCAAGACCUUCCUUCCAAUGUUGAUCGACAUCUGCCAGGCUUCCAUGGAUCCGUCUGUGCAGUCGGUUUGCAUCUCCCUGCUUCUCACCUUUGCUCUAGCCAGUCAGGAGAGGCCCGAGUUGCAGAGGAACUUAGAGCCGGUUCAGCUCGCGAGCUUCCUCGCCAGCUUGCUUCUAACCGAACCAUCGACCUCCGUGACGCUCUCUUGCCUGUUGAUCGGCGAGCAGACCCUGCGGCACCACUACGACGUCUACGCGCUGCAUUUCAUUCGGCAGGGUGUUCGUCAUGCAAUCAGCAAUCAGGCAUCUGCCGACUCCGAGCAGCCAAGUCAGGAGCCGGCCGAGGCCACAGCUGAGGCUGCGGGCGCGACAUCUGCUGCAGCACCAUCCGUAGGAAAGUUGCUGCGCAGACUUUGCCAGGAGGUGGCACAGCGCACGCUUCAGAAUCAUUUCGAUUCACGGACUGCCAUUGAGAUGGUGGUUCUGGAUCGACUCAAGGAAGUUGCUCAGCAACUGGAGUCGCAGACCUCUGCAGCGCAGGCUUUGCAGCAGCUGCGAAGUCUGCUCCUGGACACAGAGAGCGUGACGGCAUUUGAGCUAACGUGCAGUGGUGUCUCAAGUGCAUUGUCCGCCUACCUCUUCCCUGAGUGUGAUGAUGCUGAUGUCUGCAAGGAGCGGCUGAGGCUCUUCCUGGAGCACAUUGUCACGCCACCGGGAGGCGCCUUGCAGAAGUUGGUGAAGCUCUGCGUUUCCGUGCUUCAACGAGUGGAGCAGGGCCCGCUGAACCUCUUUCCGACGCAAGCGUCUCCGGCUGGGGCCCGAGAGGCACUGGUUGCACCGAUCAAGGCCAUGUAUCUGCCCCAGCACCUGCUACUGGCAACUUCUCAGCGUUUUGAGGGUGCCGCUGCGCUGGAUUGGACAACCAUGCCGCUUAUUGCCCCGAAAGAUGCGGCUCCCGUGAAAAUGUCGGCCAAGAUGGCCCCGGAGCUUGAGCUGUUUGUUGUGUGCGGCUGGGGCAAAUGUCCGAAGCGGUUGGAACGCGCCAUGAAGAGGAAGCCCAAUGUAAACUACAAGAACGAGGACGGCCUGACACCUCUCUUCAACGCCACCAUGUGUGGCUCUGCUGACUUUGUCGAGAAGCUGAUCAAGGCCGGUGCGGAGCCCAACGUGGUUGCGACGGAGUACCUUCUGACGCCGCUGGAGUGGGUCACUGCUAAAGUCAACUAUGACGAAGAGCGGGAUCGGCGGUUGAAUGACUUUGACCAGGUAAACCGACUGGAUGACACCUGCCUGGCCGUCCGACCAGACAUUGAGCCCUUCCGGAAAGUGAAGCAGGUGUUGGAGAAAAAUGGGGGUGUUGAGGCGAAAGCCUUUUCCAACAAUCCGAAGAUCAAACCAGAUGGCUCCAUCGAUGGAGGCAAGCCAUCGGAGCUUAGAUCCUACAAACUGUCGGCAGAUGGUUCCUAUACUGCUUCUCAUUACCUCCGCUCGGGCAAGUUUGACAUGUUGAAGUACGAGGAUGGCCGACUGGUGGAGUGCGAGUACGAUCCGAAGACGGGACACUGGGAAGGCUAUGAGGCAGCUGCCACAGCGAUCCAUACUGUGAAACAGGCUGAAAUUUGCACGGUUCACUUCUUCCUUGACCAGACUCUGGAGACCAGUGUGUUUGCAAUGGCGGCGGAUGCUCGGAGUCGGCGAGUGGACCCGAUGGACAGCUUGAGACUGUCCAGCUCCCGAUCCGGGAUAGGCUCGAUGUCGUCACCGCUUCUGUCCGUGCUUCGGCUGUUGGCGAAGCCGGUCAAGAUUCGGAUGAGCCCGCGGGGCUCCAGCUCCGGUGUGUCGCCGCUGAGUGCGUCGCUUCCCAACUUCAAGUCCUUGCUGGUGCCCUUCGGAGGCCUCUCCGAAGGCGGAGCAGAGGGCAGAAACAAGGCGGUGGCGAAGGCGAGCGCGCUCGGUGGAGGGCCUGGCAGAGUGCCAGCUGGCCGAUCGGGGCCAGGUGUGGGCGUGUCCGCGGCAUCCCCUGCAGCACGCUUGCGGAACUACUUGGCCUCGAAGGUCACACGGAAACGUGGCGGCGGUGUCGUCAGUGGUGGAGUCUUUCGCUCUGAAGCGAAGUCCGGAGGUCCUGGAGGUGAUACCGAGGAUGGAGGCCCCGUCGCACGGGCCUCCACAGGCGAGGGAUCGGGCAGCCGAUCCGCCCGAGAGCGCGAGUUCGAGGCGCUGGAGACCGUGCUGCUCGUGGAGCCCUUUGCCCAGGUCUCAGCCCUGGAGGACUACAUAUGGGACAGGCAUGGAUCAGGAAAGCCUGCAGCCGCUGAAGGUGCGGAGACUGGCACAAACAGCGAGCCAGCAGCACGAGUCCGACUGACGACCAAGCAGCCACCUCCUGGACAAGCAACAUCCAGAGCAAGAGCCAAGGGAGGCGAGCUUGGAGAUGCUGCGAAAUCUGCCGUGGAGCCUGGUGCAGCGUCGCCGCCCGCAGUACCUUUGGAUGCACCCGCGGCGCCUCCUCCUCUGGGCCAAAGCUCCUCGCAGGGAGGCGACACGCCCUCGUCGAAUGCUCAGGCACCAGCUUCAACAGAGCGACGGAAGCAGACAGUUCGCAUCUUCUACAACGGCCACCAGCUCACUGCCAAAGAAAGCGUGGUGCAGGUGCUGGUCAACAACCCCAAAAAGGCGUCACCAGUCCUUGAGGAGCUGGGCAAGACAGCACGUCGAAGACAGUCAAGGCGCUCUGUCGGCGGCCGCUUCUUGGCCUCCAUGGAGGAAAGCUCUGGCUCAGAUGGCGAAGGUUCGCCUGGCAAAGCCAACGCUUCUCGACACUUCUUUUGUGGCUCCAUUUGGGGCAAAGUGCACCACAUGACCUUCGAGCUGGUGCCGGAUCCAACAUCACCACGUGAGGGGGGCGAGGCCUCGAAACCAGAGGAGCAGCAAGUGGAUCCGCCAGUGAUGAUUGUCCCGAACGAGAUGGACUGCCUAGUGCAAUGCCAUACUCGUGUGGCACCGAGUGUGGCCGGAAUCUGUGAUGCAGGUGGCGAAGCCAACAAAGCCCCGAGCUUUGCACAGGAAACGGAGACCGUCACAAUGCUGCAGCUGCUCUCUGCCUUUCACAACAUCAGCCUCUACGAUGCUGCGACUUCGGGUGUCAACAUGGGAUCUGCGUCUGAGGAUUUCCACUGCAACACUCUCACGUCCGCUUUGCUGCGGCAGCUCUCCGAUCCCCUCGCUGUUUGCACAGGUUCUGUGCCAGCUUGGUGCGCGAAACUGGCAGGAGCUUGCCGAUUCCUGUUCCCCUACUCCGUGCGGAGGAUCCUGCACCAUAGCUGCAAUCUUGGCCUGGGCCGAGCCCUGCAUCACGUGCAGCAGCGAGCAGUGGCCCAGCACGCACACAACCAGGAGACACACCGGCGGCUGGAAAGCGAGGUGAGCGUCGCUAGUGUGCCCCGCCAGAAGGUGCGGAUCUCUCGGCAAAGGCUCCUGGACAGUGCCGUCAAAGUCAUGAAUCUGUAUUCUGGCGGGAACGCCUUGUUGGAGAUCGAGUAUGCUGGGGAGGUGGGCACCGGCUCGGGCCCGACCUUGGAGUUCUAUGCUCUUGUGGCCGAGAAUUUGAGGACUCUACAGCCGCAGCUCUUCCGAGCCAGUCCGCCUGGGGGCAUGCUCUACCCGCAGCCUUACGACCCUCACUGGCUUCGCAGAGCUGACGAGCAGGGCUCUCAGCAGAUCCUGGAGCGCUUCAGGCUGUUGGGCCAGGUGGUGGCAAAAUGUAUCAUCGACAAUCGGCUCGUGGACAUCCAGCUGCAUCCUGCAUUCUGGCGGUCUGUGCUGGGAAGUGCGCCCCUGUCGCAGCAAUGGCUGCGGUCCAUCGAUCCGGAGUUGCAUUCUUCGCUGGAGAACAUUCGCGACAUGGAUGCCGACAAGCUCGAGGGGCUGUGCAUCGACUUCACCAUGCCAGGCCAUCCCAGCAUCGAGCUCAAGCCGGGAGGAGCUGGAUAUAGUCUGAACGGCUCCAAUCGCGAGGAAUACCUGCGCCGUGUUGCGGAGGUGGCACUGGUCGAGGCUGUCGCGCCUCAGAUCAACGCCUUCCGAACAGCGUUCAAGGAGUUGUUGCCCCUGGAAACCUGCCGCAUCUGGUCCGAGCAGGAACUCUCCUUCAUCAUCGUCGGCUCCUCUGUUCAGGACGAUGCCUUCUGGUGCCUAGACCAUCUUGCAGCGAACAUCAAGGCACAUCACGGCUACACAACCGACUCAAGGUGCUUUAAAGACUUGAUGAACUUCCUUUCCGAGUUGUCAGCUGAAAACAGGCGAAACUUCCUGAUGUUUGCAACUGGUGCACCCACACUGCCCAUCGGCGGCUUCAGCGGCCUCAAGCCGCCCUUGACUGUUGUCAAAAAGGAAGCCCCGUCUGCUCCACUCACGGCAGACGACUUCAUGCCCUCGGUCAUGACGUGUGCAAACUACCUGAAGCUGCCUGAGUACAGCUCAGCUGAGAUGCUGAAGCAGAAGCUACAGCUUGCCAUGCGGGAGGGGCAGUGUGCCUUCCUGCUCUCCUAG